AUGUAUCAUGUUUUGACUAAAAAUACCACAGUAACAGAUCACAACCGCAACCUGCUGGUGGAGACUAUUCGUUCUAUAACAGAGAUCCUUAUAUGGGGGGAUCAGAAUGACAGCUCAGUAUUUGACUUUUUCUUGGAGAAGAAUAUGUUUGUUUUCUUCUUGAACAUCUUGCGUCAGAAGUCUGGUCGUUACGUGUGUGUACAGCUUCUGCAGACUCUGAACAUCCUUUUUGAGAACAUCAGUCAUGAAACAUCACUGUACUACCUGCUCUCUAAUAACUAUGUAAAUUCUAUUAUUGUCCACAAAUUUGACUUUUCUGAUGAGGAGAUCAUGGCAUAUUACAUAUCAUUUUUGAAAACUCUUUCCCUGAAACUCAACAAUCAUACUGUACAUUUCUUUUAUAAUGAGCACACUAAUGACUUCGCUUUGUACACUGAAGCUAUUAAAUUUUUUAACCACCCAGAAAGCAUGGUCAGGAUUGCUGUUAGGACUAUAACUUUGAAUGUCUACAAAGUGUCAUUGGACAACCAACCUAUGCUGCAUUACAUUAGAGAUAAAACUGCUGUCCCUUAUUUCUCCAACCUCGUUUGGUUUAUCGGAAGCCACGUGAUAGAACUGGAUAACUGUGUGCAGACUGAUGAAGAGCACAGAAAUAGGGGCAAACUGAGUGACCUGGUAGCAGAACAUCUUGACCAUUUACAUUACCUUAAUGAUAUCCUUAUAAUUAAUUGUGAAUUUUUAAAUGAUGUGCUGACAGACCACCUACUUAAUAGGCUCUUUCUUCCCCUCUAUGUGUAUUCGUUAGUAAAUCAAGAUAAGGGUGGAGAGCGUCCAAAAAUAAGUCUCCAAGUUUCUCUCUACCUUCUUUCUCAAGUUUUUCUAAUUAUACAUUACUCCCCUUUGGUGAACUCAUUGGCUGAGGUUAUACUUAAUGGUGACCUCUCCGUGUUUUCUUCUAAAGUUGAGCAAGAUAUACAGAAAAACUCAGCAAAGUCAAGUAUCAGAUGUUUCAUAAAACCAACAGAAACACUCGAGAGGUCUCUUGAAAUUAACAAACAGAAGGGGAAAAAGAGGGUGCAGAAAAGACCCAACUAUAAAAAUGUUGGGGAAGAAGAUGAAGAGGAGAGAGGAUCUGAAGAUAACCAAGAUGAUCUAGAUAAAACUAAAGGUACAGAAGCGAGUUCAAAGGGCAUCAGAACAAGCAGUGAAAACGAAGAAAUAGAGAUGGUAAUAAUGGAGAGAUGUAAACUGUCAGAAUUGUCUAUCUCUACUGUGACAGAACAGAACACAACAGAUGAAGAAAAGAGUGCAGCUGCCUCUGGGAGUGAGAUAACAAACUGGAACAGGCUUUUCUUGAUUAUGGUCUAUAAUGCACUGGAUUGUUAAUGCACUGUUUGUGCUGAAGAUGAUUACUAUGCCCUCUUUGUGCUCUGUCUUCUAUAUGCAAUGUCACACAACAAAGGAAUUGACCCAGUCAAGCUGGAGAGAAUUCAACUUCCAGCUCAACAUGCUGAAGAGAGAAAUUCAUAUAAUCAUGUGCUUGCAGAAGGGCUCAUCAGGAUAAUGAAUUAUGCUGCACAACCAGAUGGAAAAAUCCGUUUGGCAACUUUAGAACUUGGCUGCCUGUUGCUGAAGCAGCUUGUGUUUUCUAAAAAUGGCAGCAUCAUAAAAGAUGUUCACCUUGCUUGCCUUGAGGGUGCAAGGGAAGAAAGUGUUCAUCUCCUCCGUCGUUUCUAUAAGGGAGAAGAAAUUUUUCUGGAUAUGUUUGAAGAUGAAUACCGGAGUAUGACAAUUAAACCCAUGAAUGUAGAGUACUUGAUGAUGGAUGCCUCAAUCUUGUUGCCUCCAACGGGGACACCACUGACUGGUAUUGAUUUUGUGAAAAGAUUGCCUUGUGGAGAUGUGGAAAGAACACGAAGAGCAAUCAGAGUUUUCUUUAUGCUCCGUUCGCUAUCACUGCACUUGCGAGAUGAGCCAGAAACUCAGUUACCACUCACAAGGGAGGAAGAUCUGAUAAAGACAGAUGAUGUUCUUGACUUGAAUAACAGUGAUCUAAUUGCAUGUACAGUCAUAACAAAGGAUGGGGGUCAAGUUCAAAGAUUUCUGGCUGUGGAUAUUUACCAGAUGAGUUUGGUUGAGCCAGAUGUUGCCAGACUUGGCUGGGGAGUAGUUAAGUUUGCAGGACUUCUGCAGGAUAUGCAGGUGACGGGAGUGGAGGAUGACAGUAGAGCUCUGAACAUAAUAAUUCAUAAGCCUGCCUCAAGUCCUCAUUCUAAGCCCUUCCCUAUCCUUCAAGCUACAUUUAUUUUUUCUGAUCACAUUCGCUGCAUUAUUGCAAAACAACGUCUUGCAAAAGGCCGUAUCCAAGCUCGGCGUAUGAAAAUGCAGAGAAUAGCAGCUCUCCUGGAUCUUCCUGUUCAGUCUUCAACUGAAGUUAUGGGUUUUGGACAUGGCUCUGCAGCUACAGCCCAACACCUUCCAUUUAGAUUUUAUGAUCAAUCACGGCGUGGUAGCAGUGAUCCUACAGUGCAACGCUCUGUUUUUGCAUCUGUUGACAAAGUUCCAGGCUUUGCUGUAGCGCAGUGUAUAAAUCAGCACAAUCCCUCACCACUCUCAUCACCAUCACCUUCCAGUGGCAGUGGGAGUACAGGGCGCUGUGAUUCAGUGACUGCAAGCUCAACAUCCACUCCUUCUGCUGCACAGAGCCCAUCAGAUGACACUUCAGCUCCAGAGCAGCCUCAGAUGACCAUUUCUGGUCAGACGAUGUUGACUGAUGAAACUCUUUCAGCUGUCUCAAAGUCUAGCAAGAAUACUGUAAAAAACAGUGACAUAGAAACAGCAAACCUGUCUCCUAGCCUGAUUCCUGCACAGCAGCCCACAAUAUCAUUAAUAACAGAUGACAAUACGGAUGCACUAAGUGUAGAGUCGCUUACACUGGUGCCACCAGUUGAUCCACACAGCAUUCGAACAUUCAGCUGCAUUCCUCAGUCCUCCUUGCAAUCUGAAGUUGAAGUUUGCAAGGUAAAAGAGGUAGAGGAAGAGCGUUCUGACUAAAGCCCACCUGCAGACUGUGAUAAACAGUGAAGCAAAUGCAACCAAAUUCUUCGUUGUUUUUUCUUUGGGAGUGCAGAUAUUUCUUGAAGCCUGAGGCCAUCUGGUCCGCAAGAAGAGGCCCACUGAUGAAAGAGAAUGUGGGCAGCUUUUAGAGUAAACAUCAGAUGCUCAGCAUAUUUAAACUGGAGAAGAAAAAAAAAAACUUUUGAAUCUGGACUGGUUGUUUCCUACCAAUUUCUGUUAUACAAGAACAUGAAAGUAUUUCAGAGCACCUACUUUCUUUCUAUUACAGAGUUCCAGCUGCAGGAACUACGUUAAUUGUAAAAGGUCUACAGUAUUAUGGCAAAGUGAAGAAAUUUUUGGAUACCGGGCUUCAGGAUAUUGUAUCAUUACUUCUCUGAAACUGGAGACGUACUAUUGACAAGAAAAAAUAUAUAUUGUAGUACAGAGAUAACAUUUCCAUUUGAGAUAUGGUGUGGUUUUCAGUUUGUUGUUGUUUUGGUUUUUUUGGUUUUUUUUUAAUCCUGAUCUAAUUCAUCUUUUGGAGUUCUGCAUGAUACCGGCAGGCUUGGCCACUUUCAGUGUUGUCUUCACAGGACUCCAGACUUCAAUAUUGUGUUUUCCACGUGUAAUAUUUAUUUCAAGGUUUGAUUCAAAGCAAGAUAUAUAUCAAACAAUUUUUUAAAACGUAAAAGCCUGAAAUAUAAUGACAAAUGCUUAUUCAAAUUAACAUAAGGGAUUUUUGAGACUACUUUAGUCUCUGCUUAACCAGCUACAGAGGAAUGUGAAAUUUUAAGAGAUUGUUAUAGCUUGUUUGUUUGCUUCUGACAGUCAAAUUGCUACACCUCUGAGGAAUAAUGAUGCCCUUUCUACUGAAGGACAACUUCUAGAAGCAGGCAGAAGCAGUUUUACUCUAAAGAGGUUUUUUUAAAUUUUUCAUCUUCAUGUAGGAAGAAGGUCACCACACCUAACUGAUAAUUCCUUUGCAAGUCUGAAACUCAAAAGGAAAGGUAUCGUGUGGGGUUUUUUUCCUAUCUGGGAUAGUAUCACAGUUAAACAACAUUGCUACAUAAAAGUGAUUCUGAGUUUAUGCUUGCCUUACUUUGCUUCCUAGAUCCUGAUACCAAGUUGACAGAAAGUAGUGGAAAAGUGUUGAUUAAAGUUCGGAAUGUUCUUUGCUGAUUUGAUACGUGAUUUAACAUGAAUGGAAUUUUAAGAUUUCUCAUCAAUUUCCAUGUGUGUUAAUUUAAAUUAAUAGUAAAAUGAGCAGAUUGUCAUUAUUGGUCUGCUCAUAACAUUGAGUGCUUUCUGGCUCUCAAAAGAUUGAAGACUAGUAUUUACUUAACUUGGUAUUGUGAUUUCAGUCAUCAGUGCAAUCUGUUUCCUCACUCUGUCUCUACUAACAUUGUUUUCAUAUCAAGUAGGUGAAUCUGAAAAGUUUUUACCUACUUCCCAGUCUCUUAUUGUACCUCUUCCUGGCUGUCAGAUGCAAUCCUUGAAGUGAUUUUAAAUAUUAUAUUUAUAUAUGAGAUUGACUAAUCCACAAGUAUAACUCUGCUUGCUUUUUCCAUUUCUUCCUUCACGUAAUAACUUAAUCUUUGUAAAAUGUGUAUAUAAGAUGUCUGCUAUUGAAUGCCAGCAAUUUUUUUUCUUCCCUUAUUAGCUUUUACAUGCAGUUUUGUUGAUUUCUAGUUUUCUGUGACUUCUACUUUGUCUCAAAUUGAAUUAACCAAUAUUCUGACCAUUCCAGAGUAGCCCAAACUCUAAAUGAAUUCUGAGAGUUAGGUGUCCUUGGCACUGCUAUGGAUGUGCCGAGGGGCACAUCCCACAUACGGGAUGAGAAUUUGGCAUUGCUGGAGUAAGAGCCUACCUUUUUUUUUUUUUUUUUUUUGGUCAUAUGCUUAGGGUGAGUUUACACUGCAGUCACUGUUGCAGCUAAUGUACAUGUACCUGAACAAGCCUAAGACAUCAGCAGCAAUUUGGGCACAAGGAGCACAUAAAUUUUUAUUAGCUGAACUGAUUGCAGUCUAGACUUCCUCUAGUAUGUUGCAGCAUUACACUGUAGCCCCAGUAAUAUUCUGAAGAUCAUUAUAAAAAAUGAUGCCUUACUUAAUUUGAAAGCAUUUUAUGUUAGUUGUUAACCUUAACUCUUGACCUAGAUUACACAAAAUGCCACUGUGCAGGCUGAGUUCUCUUAAAUAGAAUUAAUUUUAGACAGGAAAACCUUGAUCUUUCUUUAUCUAAUUUCAAAUUCAGUUCUAGCAAGAUUAGGACCAUGCACAAGGAGUCUUUUUAAUGGGUAUGCAUAAUCUCACCCGUGAGCCGUACUGCAGGAGAAAUGGGACAAAGGGAAAGAAAGCUGACUUUGUGCUUUUCAUUGCCUUUGAGUGGCUUUUAUAUCACAUGACCAGUUGUCUACUGAGAGCUUCACAGGAAAUGACUGAGAUAGAUACUAUUAUUAGGAAAAUAGAAGGCUAGGUCUACUAUCUAGGCUGCUGCUGGCAGGGCCUUGCUGGUCAAGGGGUAGUAAGGUGGGAUAUCUUUUAGCAGUUCUAUCAAAAGCUCUCUGCAAAGAUGGAAUUACACUAGGAAAGCUCUGACUGCACCAGCUCUACCAAUGUCGUGUUGUUACAUAAAUGCUACGACUGGUACAGACCAAGCUAAAUCUCUGAAUGAUUAUGCCACAGAAGCAAUUGAUUUUUUUACUUGUUUGCUUCUAAUAUUAAGGUAUAUGUGUAUACAAUUUGACUGUGCUUCAUGCUGCAUUAGGAGACUUCAGAAUGUAAAAGCUCUGGAGAUGCUGAAAUAAUCUGUCAUUAGCCAUCUUUUGUUUCUGCAAGUACGGUGUUAGUCAUCUCCAGUUCCUUGAAGAGUAUCGUGUCUAUAUCUCCCUUAUCAGAAAAACUCAAGGGCUGCUUCCUUAUUCCCCCUUUCAGUGUAAAAAGGAAACUCAACCAAGAAAGCAUUAGCACAUCAGCCACAAAUGUAAUUUUUUUCUAAACAAAAGUUGAUUUGAGUCAGUGUAACAUCACUCUUUUUAACCAAAUCCAAAUACCAAGUUGCAAAUGAGAGCAACAGCUAAACAACUGACCAUUCAAAAAGCUCACUAUUUCAGUGUAAUACUGUAGAGGGAGGUAGAGUCACUCUAAAAUAAAUAUAGCAAUGUUCCAGAGCAAAUGCCAAAAUUUUAGAGAGAUGCUAAAUUCUCAGUGUUUGUUUGUAGAGGCCAUGCCUAUCUUCAGCCAUAUUCUGUUAACAUGAAACAGUUGUAUUAUGCUCUUCCUUUGGAGAAGAGAAGCCAAAGAAGCCAAGGCAUACUGAAUGUUACUUUGCUAUUUUAUGGUCUAUGUGUCUCAUUUUAUCAAAUUUUACCAAGAUAUUACUUGUUUAACAGAACUGUGUUGCCUUCACUGUUAGGUCUCGCUGCCUCUUGCUGGUCCCCUUUGCUUUUCUGUCAUCCAGUGUACAACAAUGAACAAGACUUGAGCUUUUCAUUUGUGAAGAGAGUAAUGGUGGCGUACACUUGGUAAUUUGGUAAAGAAGGGAAGGGAAGGGAGGAAACACUAGUGCCCAAUUCUAAUGUCUGCUUCACCAUGGAAAUAAUGCUUUGCUUGCAGUGUAAAACUUGUGUGCAAAAAAAUAAUUGUUUUGCAGAAAUUCUUUGAUAUAGAAAGAAGCCAAAGGUUAAGCUUUCUGCACUUCAUUUUACAAGCUGUGUGGAUUAAACCAAAUUCAUUAGAAAUGUGGUCACAUAUAUUAAUACUAAAAGCUGUAUUUUGUGUGUGAAGUCAUGAAUUAUAUACAACAUAAGGACUGAGCUCACUUGUGUUUUCCGCUGCUAAUUCAUGAUAAACUAAAAUUCUGACUUCUUUUCCUUAAAUUAAGCUGAGCUUAAAAGCAAAAGAUAUAAAAUUACACCUGUUAAGAAGCUCAACGUUCUUCGCUUUACAACACAGUUGGAAUUUUCCUUGAAGUCACUUGGUGAGGAAAAAUUGGGAAUACCUUCCAGAAUUCAUUUAUUCUUUUGCAAUAUUGUUGCUAACGGACAGGUAUGUGACAUUCAAAAACUCUUCUUCCAUAUCCAGAAUUUAAGACUCAAAUCUAGAUCAGUAUUCAGAAUUUGUCAAUGUCCAGUGGUUCAUAUGAACCCUUUGCCCAAUAGAGACAGAAUACAGGGGGAAAUAAUGUUCCUUUGUGGAUAUGAAGUAUUCUUGUGUGUAGAAUUUUAAAACUGAUGGUUAAAAUAGUUUGUUUAUAGCAAAAUCAGCAAUCUUUAGGAUUGAUAUUACUGUGAUUUGUUUUUCUAAUUAAGCAGUAAGACAUGAGUGACUAUAAUUUCCACACUUACUGCAAGUGGCCUGGGAUGAUUACUUUAAGCAAUCUAGGAAUUCAAUAAUUGCCCUGCAAUUGGGUGUCAUUUUACUAGUAGUAAAUUAAACUUAAAACUGUAUGCUUGAAGACAUAUGUAAGCUAUCAGACAAGCAGGUCAAACUGUAUGUAUAAGUAUGAAGCCACUUCAUAAAAGUAAACACUUUAAUCACAUGGUGCUGUCAGUGCUGUAGUGUAAUCAGUCACUCUUUUUGCUGCACAUGUUAUAGGUAAAUAACUACAGAACAGCCUAAUGAAUAGUUUCACUAAUCUGCAUGUAGUACUCUUAAAAAAAAAAAAAAAAAAAACAACAACAAACAAAAAAACCCCACAAACCCACCAUGCUAAGCAUUCUGAUGUUGUCUUCGCUAACCAGCUAAAGUUAAAUGGGGAGUUGCUUUUAAAAGAACAUUGCACAGGCAGCUGUCGUCUAGGAAACUGUUUUAAUCCUAUAGUUGAAUCAAAGAUUUGCGAAGAGACAUCAGAUGGGGGCAUCAGUGAGAUCUAGGCAUUUUGCCUCAAAGAUAAUGAGUCUCCUUGAUGAGUCUCCUACUUAUUUUCAGGCAACCUACUGCUAGGCAUCUAAAUAUAUGUUGGAAAUUCUCUUCCUAACUGUUACUGUCACUCUUCUUGAAAGAGUUUUUUGGUAUGUCACUGUUUAACCAUCACUGGCCUACCCUGGGAUAUCACUAACCUGGGCACUGCACUUUUAUUAUCUAGAAGUCUUUGAAGUGGUUCUCCUGUACUUGCCUGCUCUGUUGCUCUGACCUUUCCCAACAUUUGCAGCAUGAAUUAGAAACAAAUAAAAUGACUCGUACUGUCUCCUAAUAAUAACUCUUACUGUCUCCUAUUGGCUUCUGAAAAGCAGAUGGUGAUCCAAGCAGGGCUUGCUAGGGUGGGAUGUUUUUAGGGGAUGGGAGGGCGGAAGUGCUUGGGUUUUUUUCCUGCUGCUCAGCAUUUUUUGAGCAGCAAUAAAGACAUGGGGGAUGCAGUUCUGGACUGAGUCUCAAACAGAAGGUUCUUUCAUAUGGAAACAUAUUUUUAUAUUACAUUUGUACAGAAUUUUCCCUAUUUUGAUCUCCCAAAAUUUUUAGAUUUGCGCAUUGCUCAGAUUUUUUGUUUUGCAAGGUGUUAUAAAAUAUGUACUUUAUGUUUAUUAAUGUUUAUUAAUGUAUUAUAAAUGUAAAGCUAAAUUUUGCUUGUCUAAUAAAAGUGCACUGUAGCGGUAUCUGUUUUAUUGUUUUGCUGACUUGAAUUCAUUUUUUCUUAAUAUGAAAAGGAAAUACUUGAGUCAUUGUUAUGACUGUCUUGUUAGAAUAAAUGUGUGGAGUGCAUUUAUUUA